GCUCUAUAUGCCAGCAAGCAAUGUUGUCAGGCUUCACCUUCAAAAUAACACAGCCAUCUGAUCUGAGGGGCAAGUUUUCAGUUUAAAUCUAAGAGCACAUCUCUUCCAGAAAUGGACUACUUGAUCAGGAAAACCAAGGGAAGGGUUUCUGGACAAACAAAACCUGCAACAGGGGGAGAGGCCAGCAGUUCCACAGAAAGAAGAAUCCCAGUACACAAGACCGAGUCAGAGAAGUCGAGGAUAUGGUUCGGUAGACAGUUCUCAAGGCAACCUGAUCGAGAUUCUGAUUCAAUGGCGAUUGACCAAGCAGCUGCUGUCGCUGCUGCUGCAUUUGCCAUUGUUGCGUCAAAAAGGCAAAGCUUCUCGGAACCUAACAGGGAAAUGUUGGAGGAAGCUCCACAUCAAUCUUCUCCGAUACGAACUGAGAGCAAAAGACUUGGUAUUACUAGUUUCCAAAAUCUCAUAAACUAAUAAUAUAUUACUAGAUGCUUUGAUUUCGUUUUCUUCGAGGCAAACUAAUCAAUCAGCUGGUUCAAAUCAGGCUCUCAUCAAUGAAAAGGACACCAACAUUUGCUGAUAAGCCUGCUUCAUCAAUGAAGAAAGCUCCAAGAUUUUCUGAAAACCCUGUUUCGUCAAUGAAAAGGGCACCAUCAUUCAUGGAGAAACCUGUUCUAUCCAUGGAUGGUAAGAGGAAGGACAAAAUCGAUGAAUCACAAGUUGAACAGCCCUCCAAAAGACCUGAAAUUUCCAUGGCAAAACCCGAUGGAACUAUUAACCCUGCAAUCCCACCUUCUAAGCCUUCCAAAAGGACUGGGAAUGUUGGAGAGUCAGCAGCAGAUGCCUGGGAGAGGGUUGAAUUGGAGAAGCUGAAAGACAAGUAUGAGAAGGAAGAAGAACAGAUUGUCUCCUGGGAGAGUGAAAAGAAAGAAAAAGCUAAACAUCGACUUGACAAAACUAGUGAACCUGAGAGGACAAGGUUGAAAGCAUUGGAAAGGUUUCAAAGUGACAUGGACACUGUCACUCAGAUUGCAGAAGCAGCCAGAGCAAAGAUAGCUAGGAAGCAGAAGAAGGAAGAGUUGAGAGUGAAAAAGAAAGCAGACAUAUGUAGAAGCACAGGCCAAAUUCCAAGAAGUACAUGUUUCUGCUUCUGAGUGUCAGCCGUUACAUGGCGCUUUGUUGGGUUGAGGUUGAAUUAAUAUGCGUAAAUAAAGUCUAAAUAAACACUUAUUUCAUGGUUGUAUAUACAUAUAUCGAUAGAUUGAAUCUUUGUAAGACUAUGUUCUUUGUGUUGAACAAUAUUGAUAAAGAAGCAAAAAAUCCAUUACAAGAAGAAUGAUGAUAAAGGUUAAUGUUUGCUGCCAAAAUAGGAAAAUUUAAAUCAAAGUCGGUGUAAGCAGCACCAGCCAUCAACUACACAAAAUAGAUCCUUGCAAGUAU